GAUAACGCCAGAUAAGGCACAGUAGGAAAAGAAUUUUGGCCACUCCCUUGUAUUUCGUAUUUUGAAUUCUCCAUCACACUGUGAGAUUGGAAGAUCCUGAGUGCUAAGGAUCUAACCUUUUCCUUCAAGGCCUUUCACAUCCUCUGUUCCUCUGAACACGUCCUGAGAGCGAAGGAUUGGUCUCAUAUUGUUUCCUUUCUGGAGGGAGAACUUGGUCCUGAGUGCAAAGGAACCAAAGAAAUCUCAUUUAAUCCUUUUUCCCUGAAGUUAUCCUGAGUGCUAAGGAUAUAUUGUCAUAUCAUCCUUGCCUCUCAAGUGUUUUGUGUUGUUUUGCUCCAUUAUGUCUACCUAGACAUCCUAACUACAGUAAUUAGAAGGAAAAAACUUUCAGGUAACCAGAAAUGGCAUCAAGUGUCCAAGAAAUGCUCAUUGCAAGUGUUCCUGAUCAUCUGAAAGAGGAGGUAUCAGGCCUAAUCUCAUCCUCUAGAACUGAAGAAGAAGAGAGACUGAGAAAAAGAAGAUCUGAAGGACGCAAGUUUGCUCAAUUCACUGAUGACGAGAUCAAGAGGAAAGGAGAGAGCAUGAGCUUGCAUUUGGCUAUUGCAAGGCUUGUGAUGGAAGUUUGGUCACCUAAAAUGAAAAGACAUGUUGAGCAUUUAAUAUUGCAGAAAGCAGUGCAAGAGAAGUACCUGGAAGAGAGGCACUUGAAGUGGGUAAAUGUCCUUGAUGGGCAUGAAAGUGACAGCCUCACAGAGGAGGAAAGUUGGCUGAUUGAUAAUCAGGAUGAUACAAUGGUUGACCUGUUGUGGAACAUCUUCAACAUGAAGCAGCACUUCCAGCAAACUUAUGGUCACCGCCUCUGGAUUCAGAGAAGUUUUGACCGUCUGUCCAGUUUCAUGCCAGAGCUACAUCCAGAGAUCAUCGACCGUCAUGACCUCAGUAAGUUUGCCUUCAGCCAGGCCGUAGGCUACACAAUCAAGUGGGUCCAUAAUGGCUGGCACAGUAUCUGGGCUGUGUCAUGUAAUCUGCAUCUCAACAAUGAACCACACCACCCAGAUAUGUGGUCAAAUAAUCUCACACCCCAGGAGAAACACCGCAGGCUCGAGCUCUGGACAAAAGAUGCAUGCGACUUCCACAAAGGAACCCCUUAUGGAAUAUCUCUGACAGCCAUCAACCUAAGAUCUGAGGAGCUGGCUCUUCCAUUCCUUCUAGAGAGUUUCAUAGACAUGGUGGCAAUAGAAUGGGAGAGGAAAAAGGGAAAGAAUCCCAAUAUCACAAAUGCAGACCUGGCCUAUGUCCAUGAAAGGUACCUUGAACGCUACUCUAUACAGCAGAAGCAAAUAAUACAGAAAUUGAUAAAGACAAUUCAAAGCAGUGAAGAGGAAGACCAGAGUUCUAUAGGAUUCAUUACAGAGGGACUUUUUCAGUAGGAACAUUCAGGCUUCAGUAUAGGAGUCUGUAGUGACACCAAGCAUAGGCAAGAAUGAAAAGGUUGGUCCUGAAUAAAGUGCAGUCUCAAAGUUAAACAGACCAGAUCACUUUAUUGACAGGUGUCAUGUAUAUAUGUAUGUGUGUAUAUGAGUAUGUGUGUGUGUAUAUA